GUGCAUUAUACAUUUGUAUUUGUAGUUAAAUGAUUGUUAUUUGUGGCUUAAUAAGAUUGUCGUACAAAUGAGCGAUAAUGAGAACCCUCCUCCCCCCACGAAGACUGAUAGAGAGGUGUUGGCACGUUUGAGGAGGUCCGUCAUUGGUAGAUGGAGACCCUCUUCUCGCCAGGGAUCGAGCACAGCCACUACAUCCACAGGCACUCCCUCUAUUUCCUCGAGUCCAUUCACUGACACACAGGUGUCCCCCUCCACCCCACGUACUACGCCAUCUGGCCCUUGUACGUCAGCAUCUAGGGUCGGGGAGAGUACUGAGGAUCAGGAGGACGAAGGUGGCGAUGACCACAACUCCGAGGACCGCGUUGGCAAUGGACACAGUGGUGGGGUUCGAGAUGGUGAGGACCGCGAUCACGAGGACGAGGAGGGUAGAUAUCACGAGGGUCCCGGUCAUCGGGGUCAAUUCGUGUAUGUCAAUUCGGAUGACGAGGUUACAAUCACUAGCGCUGGUGCUGGUCUUAUCACACCGGCAUUCUACGAGAGGACGGACACAACUGGCAUGUCGUGGGGCAAAGUCUCAGCGACGACGAAGGAGUUCUACUAUCGAGAGUUCAAGAAAAAUGCUAGAGUGGAUCCGUCAAUCGAUGAGGGUAGGCUGAGGAAAGCUUUUCUCAAGAAAGCUGCUGAACGGUAUGCGAAUUUUACGUACAAUCAAAGGAACCCAAGUCGAUUGAAGAAGAAGAAGAAGGACCCGAGGCCAUUUGAGCAGUUGAAGAAGGUUUGGGAAGAGGAUCCGGAGUUUCUGGAGUUGAGUAAGACUAAGAAGAAGAACAGAAGGAAGGGAAAAGAGGAUGGUCCUGCUCUUGGGACGUAUUGUGGAGGUUCAGUUCCAUUUUCUGAAAAUAUGAAUCGAUUGGCUAAGAAGAAAGGGGGGUCUGUGUCGUUGGAUGAGGUUAUCAUCCACACAAAGACAAAGAAGCACGACGGCAAGACUUGGGUGGAUCCUGAACAUGCUGAGCUACAGCAAUUCCUUGCGCAAAUUAAGAACUUCAUUGUUCUCCAUGUCGGAGAUACCGCUCGUGCUGGCUCGUCUGCUCUGUCUCAGAGUAUUCUUUGGAAUUUUACGCGCAGCUGAACCUGUACCGAAAACACGAUUUUUUGCAUCAUGUCCAUCAGCUGCCACAUAAAAUAGUUCUCCUGGC